AUGGCGUAUCCCAGGCUUGUAUGUUUACUGUUGGUUGUGGGUUGUGGUUGUUCUUGGAUUAAAGCAGAUGCUAAAAAGGACGGAUAUAACUUCGUGGUUAUACUUACCGAUGAUCAAGACAUCAUACUGCAUGGUAUGACACCGAUGGUAAAGACCCUUGGCCACAUCGCAAACGAAGGAAUAACUUUCACCAACGCCUUUACAACAUCCCCAAUUUGUUGUCCGUCGCGAAGUUCAAUUCUGACGGGAAAAUAUGCUCACAAUCAUAAAGCAACUAAUAAUUCCUUGUCCGGUGGAUGCUAUGGAUCGCAUUGGCAGAAAAAAAUAGAACCGGAAGCACUACCUGCAUUGUUGUCUAAUGCUGGGUAUGAUACAUUUUUUGCUGGGAAGUAUUUAAAUGAAUAUUUUUCCGACACCAUUCCGCCGGGAUGGUCUCAGUGGUUUGGCUUACAUGGCAAUUCGCGCUACUAUAACUUUACAGUCACCGAAAAUGGCAAGAAGUCUACUUAUUCUAAUGAAUAUUUUACUGAUUACUUGAAUGCGAAGACGAUAGAUUUUCUACAGAAAGUGAGUGAAGAACGACAAUUUUUCGCUAUGAUUGCGCCUCCAGCUCCGCAUGCACCAUUUACUCCGGCCAACAGACACGCAAAGCUUUUCCCAAACGUAAAGGCAGUUCGAACACCAAAUUUUAACAUAUCAUCCAGUCCAUUGCAAAAACAUUGGCUUUUGACUAUGGAGCCGUCUACCUUGCCGCUGGAGUUUGUGGAUGAAAUCGACUCUAUUUACCGCAAAAGAUGGCAAACAUUGAUGGCAGUUGAUGAUAUGGUAGAAAACAUUGUUACAACGUUGCAGGAAAAGAAAUUGCUUGAAAACACAUUUAUUUUUUACACUUCCGACAAUGGAUUUCAUUUAGGACAAUUCUCUCAGGUGUACGAUAAACGGCAACCGUAUGAGACAGAUAUUCGAGUUCCUUUGCUUGUGCGAGGCCCUUCAAUCAAACCCAAAACUAUGCAAGAAUCAGCGGUAGCAUUGAUUGACAUCGUGCCAACCAUACUUCAAUUAGCCAAUGUGGAGAUUCCGUUCGCUAUAGAUGGUCGACCACUGCCACUGAACGGUGAACGACACGAUGUAAAUGAGAGACAAAUUCUAAUUGAAUACUGGGGCGAAGGAAACUUGGAAACGUAUAAUCCACUGUGUCCUUGGAGCGCACAAGAUAGGCUUCAGUUAUGUACUGUAGAUGCAGCGUGCCACUGCCAAGAUGCCUGGAACAAUACUUUCAAUUGUGUUCGUCACCUAGCAGAAGAUUUGAACUUUAUUUACUGCGAAUUCAAAGACGACGAGCAUUUUGUUGAAGCAUACGACAUUACCAAAGAUAUGUACCAAAUGAAUAACAUCGGAUAUGAAAUUCUUCCCUCUGUUAGAGCAAAAUACAGCUUAGCACUGCAGAAUCUUUCAGUUUGCGUUGGACCUACAUGUAAUAGAAUCUAUUGA